UAAACCACUGCUUAAUUAAAAGUAAAAGUCUCUCUCUCACUCUCGAUUUUGCAGGAAAAUAAGACCCAGAGAUCUCUCCCUCUCCUUCCAAGGCACACAGUGUAUUUCUAGGUUUUCAGUUUUUUGAUGCCUGAACCACAAGCAGAUCUCUAAUGGCAGAUGCGCACAUUGGAAAUGGAGAAGUAACACCAAGCUCGGAUUUUGCUAAACCCACAUCGGCUUCGUUCAAGUCCAGGAAGAAGAGCUCGAUUUCUCGGGUCGGUUCUGAGAUCGACGACUUCAUCAAUCUUUUGCACGGUUCCGAUCCAGUCAAAGUCGAGCUCAAUCGUCUCGAAAAUAAAGUUAGAGAUAAGGAGAGGGAACUGGGAGAAGCACAAGCAGAGAUUAAGGUGCUGAAGUACUCGGAACGUCUCAAAGAAAAGGCUGUUGAAGAGCUAACCGAUGAGCUGAAAAAAGUGGAAGGAAAGCUAAAGGCUACCGACAUUCUUUUGGAGAACAAGAAUCUUGAGACCAAGAAGAUAAAUGAUGAGAAAAAAGCAGCUCUUGCUGCACAAUUUGCAGCAGAAGCUACACUCAGAAGAGUCCAUGCUGCUCAAAAGGAUGAUGAUAUGCCUCCUAUUGAGGCCAUCAUCACUCCACUUGAGGCGGAGCUAAAACUUGCUAGGCUGGAGGUCGCAAAGAUACAGGAUGAUAAUAGAGCACUUGACCGACUUACUAAAUCAAAGGAAGCUGCUCUGCUCGAGGCUGAGAGGAUUGUUCAAAUUGCCUUGGCAAAGGCAUCAUUAGUUGAAAAUCUGCAAAACAAGAACCAGGAGCUAAUGAAGCAGAUUGAAAUAUGCCAGGAAGAGAACAAGAUCUUGGACAAAAUGCAUAGGCAAAAGGUUGCAGAGGUAGAAAAGCUAAGUCAAACCGUCCAUGAGCUAGAGGAGGCUGUUCUUGCUGGUGGGGCUGCUGCCAAUGCUGUGCGCGAUUACCAAAGAAAAGUGCAGGAAAUGAAUGAGGAGAGGAAAAUUCUUGACCGGGAACUAGCUCGUGCAAAGGUUACUGCAAACCGUGUUGCAGUUGUAGUUGCAAAUGAAUGGAAAGAUGCCAAUGACAAAGUAAUGCCUGUAAAGCAAUGGCUCGAAGAGAGAAGAUUUUUUCAGGGAGAAAUGCAACAACUUCGAGAUAAACUGGCAGUAGCAGAGCGUGCUGCAAGGUCAGAAGCUCAAUUGAAGGAAAGAUACCAAUUGCGACUAAAAGUUCUUGAAGAAGGUUUGAGACAUUCUCCCAGUGUCAAUGGUCGCACUACUUCAGAAAGAAUCAUAAGCAAUGGGCCUUCAAGAAGGCAGUCCCUUGGUGGAGUGGAAAGCUUCUCCAGAAAUUAUGCCGAUGGCUUUUCAUCAAGGAGGUCUUCAAAUUUACGGCUUGCAACUGUGUCUUCCAACAGUGCAAGUGCAUUGUUAAAAAAUGUGAAAUGUUCAUCAAGGUCAUUUGAUGGUGGUAGCAGAUCAAUUGACAGAAGCAAGGUUACAUCAGACAGAGAUGGGAAAGAUACUACUGACAACCAAACCAGUGAUGGCAUACAAAGUAAUGAGACAGCUAGUACAUGUAAAGAGACUUCAAAUGGGAAACCAAAUGAGAACAUGAAAACAGAUCAUGAAGAUUAUGUGUCUGGACUUUUGUAUGAUAUGUUACAAAAAGAGGUUAUUACUUUGAGAAAAGCAUGUCAUGAGAAGGAUCAGAGCCUUAAGGACAAGGAUGAUGCAAUUGAGAUGCUGGCAAAGAAGGUUGAUACCUUGAAUAAAGCAAUGGAAGUUGAGGCCAAAAAGAUGCGAAGAGAAGUAGCUUCCAUGGAAAAGGAAGUUGAAGCAAUGCGUGCUAACAAUGAUCCAAGGGGACGGCGCCUCAGUGCUCCCAGGGGGGCUGUUAAUAGUUCUCAGUUGCUUUUUGCAAGGAACUUACGGCACUCAUAAUGCAUAUUCGGCUGCAAGGCAAUGACUGGGACGGGAUGAUUUUUGCAUUUUCAGUUCUCCGGUCAUAGGUUUGUAUUGUUUUAUUAUGUUUUGCCUUUUUCCCCCUCUAAUUUUAUAUAUUUAUCUGGCCUGCUGUUGCUCCUACAUUUCAAAAGGGAGUGAUUAGAGGCUAUUCGGUAUCAUUGGCUGCUUUCUGAGGUUGAUGUGGCUGUGUCGGAGAUGAAUGUCUGGUUGUUUUUUUCCCUUUUCCCUCCUUUUUUUUCUCGUUUUCCCUGUGCCUCGGCUAAGCCAGUCUGUAAAAAACCGUCUUUGGGUUUCAGGGUGGCAUUACCCUGUUGUAUAUUUUUGUAGGAAUAAGAUUGAAUCAUCCCAAUUUGUGCAUA